CUUGAUGUAUUUUCAGAGGUGGUCCCCUACACUCCUCGAGUCUCGGACAUGAACAUGGCAGGAAAAGUCACCGUUACUACUUUUGCUUUAGAGUCACCCAAGUGUGUCUUUGACUCAUUCAUCAAUGCCUCGGACACCAUCUGGUUGGUAAUCACCUUCGCUAAUGCUGAAAUCUGGAAAACAAUAGACACGUGGCCUGGACGACGUAGUGGAGACAUGAUUGUCAUCACUGUCAUUCUCUCUGCUCUCUGUGGAGUUGUCACCGUUGGCUUCUUGAGCACCGUCUGUUACGAAUGGCACAUGGCCCGUACAGCACCUGCACGAUGCUCCGUGGAGCAGCUGAAGCAUCGUGGAGUGUCACAGAGGCGCUUGAAUGCAUGCACACGCUGCGUGCGUCCAUGA